AUGGAGGACACCGGCAUGAUGGAGCUGAAGGCCGAUACCACUAUUGUGGUUCUCGGAGCUUCUGGAGAUCUGGCGAAGAAGAAGACGUACCCGGCUCUGUUUGGUCUUUACCGCAACCAAUUUCUCCCGAGAAACAUCCGAAUUGUCGGUUAUGCCAGAACCAAAAUGGACCACGAGGAAUACAUUCGGAGAAUUCGGUCGUACAUCAAAGUCCCGACGAAGGAGCUGGAGCAACAACUUGACGAGUUCUGCUCUCUGUGCACCUACGUUUCUGGCCAAUACGACCGUGACGAGUCGUUUCUGCAGCUGAACAGCCACAUUGAAGAACUGGAGAAAGACUUUACCGAGGCGCACCGUCUGUUCUACAUGGCUCUUCCCCCUAGUGUCUUCACCAUUGUUUCCCAGCACCUGAAGAGGUGCUGCUAUCCGACCAAAGGCAUUGCGCGUGUCAUUGUCGAGAAGCCAUUUGGCAAGGAUCUUGCUAGCUCGCGGGAGCUACAAAAAUCUCUGGAGCCUGACUGGAAUGAGAAGGAGCUGUUCCGUAUUGACCAUUAUCUGGGCAAGGAGAUGGUGAAGAACAUUCUUAUCCUUCGAUUCGCCAACACUUUCUUGGGUGCCACAUGGAGCCGGCAGCACAUCGACAGCGUCCAGAUCUCUUUCAAGGAACCAUUCGGCACCGAAGGCCGCGGCGGCUACUUCGACGAGUUUGGCAUCAUUCGGGAUGUCAUGCAGAACCAUCUUCUCCAAGUUCUUACCCUUCUGGCCAUGGAGCGCCCCAUCUCGUUCUCUGCCGAGGACAUCCGCGACGAAAAGGUCCGUGUUCUUCGUGCGAUGCCUGCGAUCGAGCCUAAGAAUGUCAUCAUUGGCCAGUACGGAAGAUCCCUUGACGGCAGCAAGCCGUCGUACAAGGAGGACGACACUGUGCCGAAGGACUCGCGGUGCCCGACAUUUUGUGCGCUUGUUGCUUUCAUCAAGAACGAGCGUUGGGACGGUGUUCCUUUCAUCAUGAAGGCCGGCAAGGCGGUUAACGAACAGAAGACGGAGAUUCGGAUACAGUUCAAGGAUGUGACUUCGGGUAUCUUUAAGGACAUCCCACGCAACGAGCUUGUCAUGCGGAUCCAGCCGAACGAAAGUGUCUACGUCAAGAUGAAUUCGAAGCUUCCGGGUCUCAGCAUGCAGACUGUGGUGACCGAGCUUGACCUCACCUACCGCCGACGCUUCUCGGACCUAAAAAUUCCUGAGGCGUACGAGUCGCUCAUCCUGGACUGCCUCCGCGGUGACCAGUCCAACUUUGUCCGUGAUGACGAGCUGGAUGCUAGCUGGAGAAUCUUCACCCCCCUCCUGCACUACCUCGACGACAACAAGGAGAUCGUUCCUAUGGAAUACCCAUACGGUUCCCGCGGCCCGGCUGUUCUCGAUGACUUUACGGCGUCCUAUGGAUAUCGGUUUGCCGAUAACGCAGGCUACACGUGGCCGACGACGUCUGCUGCGCAGCCGACAAAGUUGUAA